AUGGACGGCAUGAUGUCUCAAGCUAUGGGACAGCAGGCGUUCUACUUCUACAACCAAGAGCACAAGAUGGCUCCCCGACAACUCGUUUUCGCACAGCAGAUGGCCGCUUUCCAGAUGGUGCCUACACUGCCUCCCACUCCCAUGUACUCGCGACCAAACUCCUCCUGCUCACAGCCCCCGACCCUGUACAGCAACGGCCCUUCAGUCAUGACUCCCACAAGCACACCUCCGCUGUCCCGAAAGCCCAUGCUGCUGGACACCGAGUUUGGCGACAACCCCUACUUCCCCUCUACACCUCCUCUGUCCGCCGCUGGAAGCGCCAUGGGCAGCCCCAAGACAUGUGACAUGCUGCAGACUCCCAUGAACCCCAUGUUCUCCGGCCUGGAGGGCCUUGCCGUCAAGGACAACAUCGAUGCCACUGAGAGCCUCGUCCUGGACUGGGCCAGCAUUGCCUCUCCACCCCUGUCGCCUGUGUACCUUCAAUCUCAGGCUAAGGUCCAUUCGCUUACCUCAAGCCCGAGCGACAUGCUAUCCACAGCUUCAUGCCCUUCUCUGUCUCCCUCGCCAACUCCCUACGCGCGGUCUGUCACUUCGGAGCAUGAUGUUGACUUCUGCGAUCCCCGCAACCUGACCGUCUCUGUUGGCUCCAACCCCACCCUGGCUCCGGAGUUUACCCUGCUGGCCGAGGACAUCAAGGGCGAGCAUAUGCCCGCCGCCGCUGCCCACCCAACCUUUGACUUCAACCCAGUGCUGCCCAGCGGCCUGCCGACCUUUGAGGACUUCUCUGACCUGGAGUCGGAAGCCGACUUCAGCAGCCUCGUCAACCUCGGCGAGAUCAACCCCGUGGACAUUUCCCGCCCCCGCGCCUGCACCGGCUCUUCUGUUGUGUCUCUGGGCCACGGCAGCUUCAUUGGCGACGAGGAGCUGAGCUUCGACGACAGCGAGACCUUCCACUUCCCCUCUCUGCCUAGCCCGACUUCCUCCAUUGACCUCUCAGACGUCCACCAGGACAAGAGACAGAAGAAGGACCGCAAGGACGUCAAGCCCAUCAUGAACGCCGCUGCCAGCGGUUCUCAGUCCGGCAACGAGCAGAUUGGCGCCACCGAGGCUGCCUCUGCCGCUUCAGACUCCAAUGCUUCUUCCGCUUCUGAUGAGCCUUCUUCCUCCAUGCCCGCCCCCACCAACCGCCGCGGUCGCAAGCAGUCCCUGACCGAGGACCCUUCCAAGACCUUUGUCUGUGAUCUCUGCAACCGACGUUUCCGUCGCCAGGAGCACCUGAAGCGACACUACCGCUCUCUCCACACCCAAGAGAAGCCUUUUGAGUGCAACGAGUGCGGUAAGAAGUUCUCUCGCAGCGACAACUUGGCUCAGCACGCCCGCACCCACGCUGGCGGUGCUAUCGUCAUGAACCUCAUCGAGGACUCUUCCGACGUGCCUACCUAUGAUGCUGGCAUGAUGACUGGACCUGUAGGGGAUGACUACAACACCUAUGGAAAGGUCCUCUUCCAGAUCGCAUCUGAGAUCCCCGGAAGCGCCAGCGAGCUCUCCUCAGAAGAGGGUGACCAGGGCAAGAAGAAGCGCAAGCGCUCGGAUUAA